AGGGAAAGAAACAGCAUCAGCAGAAGGCAAAGUGGGCCUCUUAGCAGGUGAUGUCUCGGAGAGCCAGGCAGCCCGAACUGCAGGGUUUCUCCAUUUUCAGUGGUGUCCACAUGAUGGUAGCCACGCCUGGACGCCUCAUGGAUUUGCUCCAGAAGAAAAUGGUCAGCCUGGACAUCUGUCGCUACCUGGCCCUGGAUGAGGCUGACCGCAUGAUCGACAUGGGCUUUGAGGGUGACAUCCGUACCAUCUUCUCAUACUUCAAGGGCCAGCGGCAGACCCUGCUCUUUAGUGCCACCAUGCCAAAGAAGAUUCAGAACUUUGCCAAGAGUGCCCUGGUAAAGCCUGUCACCAUCAAUGUGGGACGUGCUGGAGCAGCCAGCUUGGAUGUCAUCCAGGAGGUGGAAUACGUGAAGGAGGAAGCCAAGAUGGUAUACCUGCUCGAGUGUUUGCAGAAGACACCCCCACCUGUGCUCAUUUUUGCAGAGAAGAAAGCGGAUGUGGAUGCCAUUCACGAAUACCUCCUGCUCAAGGGGGUUGAAGCGGUGGCCAUUCAUGGGGGCAAAGACCAGGAAGAGCGGACCAAGGCCAUUGAGGCAUUCCGGGAAGGCAAGAAGGAUGUCUUAGUGGCCACAGAUGUGGCCUCCAAAGGCCUCGACUUUCCUGCCAUCCAGCACGUCAUCAAUUAUGACAUGCCUGAAGAAAUCGAGAACUAUGUACACCGGAUUGGCCGCACCGGGCGUUCAGGAAACACAGGCAUUGCUACCACCUUCAUCAACAAGGCCUGUGACGAGUCAGUGCUCAUGGACCUCAAAGCCUUGUUGCUGGAGGCCAAGCAGAAGGUGCCGCCUGUCUUACAAGUGCUGCACUGUGGGGAUGAGUCCAUGUUGGACAUUGGAGGAGAACGGGGCUGUGCCUUCUGUGGAGGCCUUGGCCAUCGGAUCACUGACUGCCCCAAGCUUGAAGCUAUGCAGACCAAGCAGGUCAGCAAUAUUGGCCGCAAGGACUACCUGGCCCACAGUUCUAUGGACUUCUGAGCUGUCUCUUCCCUCCUCUCCCCAAGAGGCAUCAGUCCCAGGACUCCAGCCAGGCAUACACCAGCUCCCUUGGCCCAGCUGGCCUGGGCCACCCCAGUGCCCCCAGAAUUACUAUUUUUGUUCUCCUUUCCCGACUGCCAUUAAAGCACAAUCCCUUCUAUCUCA